AUGUGCCACACCAGCUGCUCCCCGGGCUGCAGGCCCAGCCCCUGCCAGGCCACCUGCAGUGUGCCCCUGACCUCCCAGUCCUCGGUGUGCCUGCCCGAGAGCUGCAGGCCUGCCGUGCUCGUGCCCGUGAGAUGCCAGUCUUCCGUGUGUGUGCCCGUGAGCUGCAGGCCCACUGUGUGCUCCUCCCUAUGUGUCACCCCCUCCUGCCAGCCCUCUGGGUGCUGCCGGCCCCCCUGCCCUGCCCUGCUCUGCAGGCCGGUCCCCUGCAGCUCCCCUUCCUGCUGCUGA